GAAGUUUUGAACGAUAUGCAAGUUGUCUUAGAGCAUUUGAGCUGGAAAGUGCUUGGUCAGAGAGCGAGUGAAGACUUCGAAAUUAUGUGCAAAACAGAGAUUCUACAAGAGGACAAGCCAGUAUGUCUUCUUCACGACGAUAUUCCGCUUGCAAUGAAAGAUCUAAACGUGGCUAAAGUCUACGAUUUCGACUUCAAAUAUGGCCACAAGUCCGCCUUGGAUUUCCACCAAGAUCUUGCAGCCAUCGAUUUAAGCAUGAUGCAAAGCCCGAAACCAAUACGGCGGCGGAGAAUGAAGCGGAGAAAGUACCCCAAAUUCUCGUUUGUUCCCAGUCUGGAGGACAUUAAGGAAAACGAACUGUUUGAAACCUCGUCUGAGGACGAGAAGAAGGAUCUUGCGGCAAUUCACCGGGAGCGAGCCUUGAGUUGUGGCAUGUCGGUGAAAGAGGAAGGACGCCGCCACCGCCAUAAGAGACAUUCUAGAGCUUCCAGUGGCAAGGUUUAAACAGAGGAGAGCAAGACGAACAUGCCUGACAAACCUACACCCAAACUAGCGGGUUUUAAUCGUUAAUUCGUUCUGCUAAACGUGAGUCUCGCCUAACCGUGAAGGCGAAUUGUGCGGCAACAGCGCGUAUCUGCUACGUGUUGAUUGUCAGGCCUCGAUAAUCCUUUAAACAGAAAAUAAACUUUGCCAAGACUCGGCAAAUGGAAAAGAUUUAAGGAUUUUAAAACGCGAUCAAGGAAAAGAAAAAGCCUAUGGAAUGGAUGAUGAAAUGAGCAACUCCUGUUGCAAACGAACUGGAACUUUGUUGGUUUCGUCGACGUAAUACUCACGUGACAAAUGCAAAUUCUAGCGCAUUGAAACUAACUCCAAGAAAUAAACACUCCGCAAUAACGAACAGUGAUAGUUUCGUGAAAGAUGAACUUUCGCUUCACCCUAGAAGCGCUGUUUUAUUCGCUGGAGUUGUGUAAGAACAGCUACACAGUAAAUUAAAGGCAUUAGUUCAGGUUUCAAACAAGGAUUGCAUAUUUUGUUGAAAAAAUAUCAGUUGUUUGUUCUCUCCUCUAUUGCAGUUUUAACGCAAUUCGCUUUGCUUACAAUCAAGAUGAAACCCCAGAAAUAUAUUGAUGUAUUAUAUUUAGGGAAAAAGUGAAUUCACAGAUAAUCUGUAAGAUUGUAUGUAUGUUGGUUUUUAAAACGAACACAACGCGAAAGGAUUUCGCCUUUUAAGAGAUUCAUAUUUAGUGUAACAUCUAGGGCUAAAAAUAUUAAAAGUUGUUGUGAGUUAAUUCA